AUGGAUAGGACGAUUGUGCUUUGUUGUAUGCUAGCUAUCGGAGCUGUGUUUGUUGCCAUCCGGUUUAAUCAGAGAGGUGCUAACGCAGGACUCUUAUUCCUUGAUCCUGACACAGACGAGGGGUCCAUAUACAUUGAUCCGGGCAUGUGUACACCGGAAGUCGCGCCCUGGGGGUGUUGGAGGGUCCCCGACAGAGAGGAUACCAUGAAUACUGAAACUUUCAGGAACCGGACCUCUGGCAAACAACUGACGCUACUGUGGAUUCUUGACAAUAUAGGCUACUACCGGGAAAACGUUUUUAACGGAUACCACUGUCAGCUGCGGUGGACAUUACAUGACGACGACUCUGCAACCCUUGUCCUGCGAUUCCGGGACGGGAAGGAGCUCGGUGCCACAUGUAAGAAGUUUGAAAUUGGAGGAAAACUGACCAGAGGAGACCAUGCCAUGUUUGACUUAGAAAUGACGUUUCCAGAGCCGUUAGGUCACGUGACACCGCGCUACUGGCUUAUGUCUGACCAUCCCGAUGACUAUGUGCUCUUGUUUGGCUGUAUCAACCCUGCACAGGUUCGAGACGGCGUGUGCUAUGGACGGUGGUACGUAGACUUCUUUGUGACAUCUGAUCCACCCGACCAUCCACCAAUGCACCUCGUGGUAGAAGAACUAUACCGGAAGUUAGGUCUCACCCUUGAUAACCCUGGGUUUCGGUUCCUUAACAUCGGCCAUGCCUGUCCCGAGGAGUAA